AUGGGUUAUCGGUUGUGCGGGUACGGACAUAUUCUCAUCAGAAAGGAUCUUGAGUUUGAGAUUGGUGAUAAAGUAUUCUUGAAGCUCUCUCUUUGGAAGGGCAUAAUACGCUUUUUAAAGCAAGAGAAGCUAAGUCCUCUUUACAUUGGACCAUGUGAGAUAGUUGAGAGGAUACGUCCAGUGGCUUAUAGGUUAGACUUUCAGGGGGAGCUUUCUCGAGUCCAUGAUGUGUUCCACAUCUCCAUGCUCCGCAAGUAUAUCUCAGACCCAUCGCAUGUGUUAGACACACCAGAGAUUGAGUUGAGGGAUAACUUAUCCUAUGAGAAGCAGCCAGUGCAAAUUCUAUGUUGGGAAAAGAAAAAGCUUCACAACAAGACCAUACCUUUAGUGAAGGUUUUUUGGAGAAAUCACCUAGUCAAGGAGGCGACUUGGGAGCAAGAGGAUCAAAUACGGAGCCAUUAUCCUCACUUUUUUCAAAAGUAA